AGCUUCACCGCCAAUAACAAUAAUAACAAUUCACGUCAACGACAUCAUAUUCCUACGAUCGCAUCUAUCAAACCCUACUCUUACUCGCUCCACGAUGGACAAGUUCAGCUCCGAGACGCAGCGCAGAGGCAAACGUGCCUGCAUGGUCUGCUCCAUCGUCCUACCAAAAACAGAGUUCAAGCGCAACGGAUGUCCCAACUGCGAAGAGUACCUGCACCUCGCCGGCAACGAGGAGGCCAUCGAGCUAUGCACAUCGUCCGUCUACGAGGGCCUCAUCGCUCUUGCCGACCCCGCCCGCUCCUGGGUAGCCAAGUGGCAGCGCAUCGACAAGUACAUCAAAGGCACCUACGCCACCAAGGUCAUGGGCACCUUGCCUCCUGAUGUCGUCACGAACCUGCUGGAGGAGUAUAAUAUCCGGUAUAUACCACGUGAUGGGAGUGCGGGCAAUGAUGAUUAAAGGCACGUAGCGACUCCGAUCUGAUGGUUGAGCUGAGAGGUGGGGCUUCUGAAUCUCAAGAGGCAUAACGCCCACUGCCUACGACACGACUCGAACGUCUUGCGGAGCUUGCACAUAUCCUUGAUGGUGACUGGGCGAAUGACAUUCCAGACAUUGAUACUGUGGACCGAGAUGGUUCAAAAAUACAGGUUUCGAUCAGAAACAUCAACGUGGAGCUGCAAAUUUCUGGCCAAGGUGCAGAGGCACAGGCAGUGGAUAACUUAAAAAAAAAAAAGGUCACGCAGGGUUGCCAGAGCGCAGUGGAGGUAGCGUUACUGUUACCUUUUUAAGGACAAGGACAAGGGGCGACUUGAUGCUAUUGAAGGCCUGACGAUGCUGGGAGAUUGAAUCUGGGGAUCCACCACUUGUGGAGAGAAGAGUCUUGCUGCAACUGAAAAUGAAGGGCAGGGCGGCUGGCUCUUCAUGAUGAAUAGAUCAAUGGCGCAAGAGAGGGAAGCGCGGCGUCGUGCCAUAUGAAGUGCCGCUCUCGAGCGCAUUCUAAAGCAGACCUGAAAAGGCAGAAGAGGCAGCGGUCGGACUUGCGAGCCUACUCAAAACCAACAAGGGGUAGACAACAGCAGCAUGGUUCAUGCAAAACGGUUGCUGUGAUGGGGGUGCAAUAUAGCAUUGAAAUGAGUAGCCGAGGACUGCACGAAUUUUUUUUUAAAAAAAAAAUUGACCAAACC